AUGAUUAGCCUCCUUUUUGGAGCUCUUGCCGUGGUUUUGGAAUUGAUGAUUCUUGUUCUGGCUCUAGGGGUAGCUGCCCUUCUCUUCUGGAUCGGUUGUCUUGUGUGUUUUGUAGCUGUUAACCCAUACGUCAAGAUAUUGUAUAAAAGUGUAGUUGCAGGAGUUGUUCAGGCCUUUGAAAAAUUGAAAGAGUAUCUGAAGAACAUGAUCAUUGCCUGCUGCUUCACAAUGAACUCUGAGGAUCGAACUGGGUAA